UAUACAGAAGCAAAAAAUGGCGUAUGCUGCAGUGAAGGUAACAAAGGUGGGGCUAGAAGAACCCCUAGAACAAAUUCACAAGAUUAGAAUCACUCUCUCUUCCAAGAAUGUUAACAACCUUGAAAAAGGUAUUGUUUUCUUUGCAAUUGGAUCAAGAAAUUUCGUUCGUUUACGUUCUGGCCUUGUUACAACAACCAAGGUUCUUCACAUUACGACAAGGAAGUCUCCUUGCGGUGAAGGCACAAACACAUGGGACAAAUUUGAGCUUCGUGUCCACAAGAGGGUCAUUGAUCUUUUCAGCUCACUGGAUGACGUGAAGCAAAUCACCUCCAUCACUAUCGAAUCUGGUGUCGAGGUUGAAGUCACCAUCGCUGACCCUUAA